AUGGCAGCAUCGCCAUCGCCACCGUCAUUGCCAUCCUUAUCCUCAUCGUCGAUUAGGUCAUGGAGGACGGCGUUUCUUACUUUGAGGGACGAAACCCUAACCUCACCACCUCAGACUGUGGUGGUCCACCUCCUUCACCAUCUCAUUUUCUCCCAAUCCGACUCUUUGAUCGCCGCUGCCUCUGACCUACCUUCUCACGAGGUCACGUCAGACGUGAUGUUUCUGAUGGAAUUAGCUCGGACUAUUCUCGAUUCUGGAGGGCCUGAUGAUUUGAUUAAUACCUUUACCCUGCUAUCCCACUUGGUCCACAAUGUCAGCAAUUGCGUUUCCUUUGAAAUGAAUUCAUCAUCUUGGGCUCUUGUGCUCGACUCUUUUGGAAAGAUGGUGAAAAUUUUUAGUUGCAAAGGUGGUACAAAGAGUUUUGUUUCAUGGAAUGUUUCUGUAGUCAGAGCCAUAAAACAAUCUGUGGAUACUAUAAGGUUUUGGUCUUCUUCCCAAGUCUCCCAGUCAACUGUUCCUCACCGACGGUGCAUCGUGGGAUGCUCUCAAUCCGAGUUAGUUUACUCAUCUUGGUCAAGUGGCAGUCAGUGGUGUGCUACUGAAUUUGGAAAGAACAUACCUGGAUGCUAUGGUUUAUGGGAUGUUCAGACAACUGCCUUCACAAUGAUUGGUGAAGUGUUAUCAAGGGUUGGGUCUCCAACACCAGUUGACAUCUGGCAAUCAACAUUUGAGAUUCUUAAAAGGAUUAUGGAUGCCUUGGCAUCUAAGGCACAGCUUGUUGAAGACAAUGUUAUGUCAAGGUUUUAUUCCUCGCUUCUGCAAUGCUUGCACUUGGUUCUUUUAGAACCCAAGGGACCCCUUUCAGACCAUGUGGCUGGGUUUGUAGCAGCACUGAAGAUGUUUUUUAAUUAUGGCCUUACUAAUAAAUCCCAAAUUGGGUAUCCGGUGGCUGGUCAUGAUGAGGAACUUAAACGGCGUAAUGUGAAUUUUGAAGAAGCUAGAAAAUUAGAUGUUGGUCCAUAUAGGCCACCACACUUGAGGAAAAAUUACCGGAAAACCCUGUUACUAAAAGACCACAAAUCCUUGAGUUUUCUUGAUAAUGAAUUUUCGGCAGUUGAUCAUAUGUCAUCUGAUUCCGAUUACAGCGACAGUGAUGGUUCAUCGAAAGAUGGUUACAAUGAUUACUGCGCUAGGGCUAGAGUAACUGCCAUUGUCUGCAUACAGGUUGGUUCAUGUCUUCUUAUUCCUUACACAACUCAUGUCCUUGCUCUAGGGAAGCAUGCAGGUGAUGUCGUUGAGUUAGGCCACCUUUAG